AUGCUAGUGCUGCGUAUGCUAGUGCUGCGUAUGCUAGUGCUGCGUAUGCUAGUGCUGCGUAUGCUAGUGCUGCGUAUGCUAGUGCUGCGUAUGCUAGUGCUGCGUAUGCUAGUGCUACGUACUGUUACACAUUACUGUACACACACCCUCCCUCGCUCACGUCAGUCCCUCUGCUCGGUCCCUCUGCUCGGUCCCUCUGCUCGGUCCCACUGCUCGGUCCCUGUGCUCGGUCCCUGUGCUCGGUUCCUCUGCUCGGCCCCUCUGCUCGGUCCCUCUGCUCGGUCCCUCUGCUCUUGUCCCUCUGCUCGGUCCCUCUGCUCGGUCCCUCAGCUCGGUCCCUGUGCUCGGUCCCUCUGCUCGGUCCCUCUGCUCGGUCCCUCUGCUCGGUCCCUCAGCUCGGUCCCUCAGCUCGGUCCCUCUGCUCGGUCCCUCAGCUCGGUCCCUCUGCUCGGUCCCUCAGCUCGGCCCCUCAGCUCGGCCCCUCUGCUCGGCCCCUCUGCUCGGUCCCUCAGCUCGGUCCCUGUGCUCGGUCCCUCUGCUCGGUCCCUCUGCUCGGUCCCUCUGCUCGGUCCCUCUGCUCGGUCCCUCAGCUCGGUCCCUCAGCUCGGUCCCUCUGCUCGGUCCCUCUGCUCGGUCCCUCUGCUCGGUCCCUCUGCUCGGUCCCUCAGCUCGGUCCCUCAGCUCGGUCCCUCUGCUCGGUCCCUCUGCUCGGUCCCUCUGCUCGGUCCCUCUGCUCGGUCCCUCAGCUCGGUCCCUCAGCUCGGUCCCUCUGCUCGGUCCCUCAGCUCGGUCCCUCUGCUCGGUCCCUCAGCUCGGUCCCUGUGCUCGGUCCCUCUGCUCGGUCCCUCUGCUCGGUCCCUCUGCUCGGUCCCUCAGCUCGGUCCCUCAGCUCGGUCCCUCUGCUCGGUCCCUCAGCUCGGUCCCUCUGCUCGGUCCCUCAGCUCGGUCCCUCAGCUCGGCCCCUCUGCUCGGUCCCUCUGCUCGGUCCCUCAGCUCGGUCCCUGUGCUCGGUCCCUCUGCUCGGUCCCUCUGCUCGGUCCCUCUGCUCGGUCCCUCUGCUCGGUCCCUCUGCUCGGUCCCUCAGCUCGGUCCCUCUGCUCGGUCCCUCUGCUCGGUCCCUCUGCUCGGUCCCUCUGCUCGGUCCCUCUGCUCGGUCCCUCUGCUCGGUCCCUCAGCUCGGUCCCUCAGCUCGGUCCCUCAGCUCGGUCCCUCUGCUCGGUCCCUCAGCUCGGUCCCUCUGCUCGGUCCCUCAGCUCGGUCCCUCAGCUCGGUCCCUCAGCUCGGUCCCUCUGCUCGGUCCCUCAGCUCGGUCCCUCUGCUCGGUCCCUCAGCUCGGUCCCUGUGCUCGGUCCCUCUGCUCGGUCCCUCUGCUCGGUCCCUCUGCUCGGUCCCUGUGCUCGGUCCCUCUGCUCGGUCCCUCUGCUCGGUCCCUCUGCUCGGUCCCUCUGCUCGGUCCCUCAGCUCGGUCCCUCUGCUCGGUCCCUCAGCUCGGUCCCUCUGCUCGGUCCCUCAGCUCGGUUCCUCUGCUCGGUCCCUCAGCUCGGUCCCUCUGCUCGGUCCCUCAGCUCGGUCCCUGUGCUCGGUCCCUCUGCUCGGUCCCUCUGCUCGGUCCCUCUGCUCGGUCCCUGUGCUCGGUCCCUCUGCUCGGUCCCUGUGCUCGGUCCCUCUGCUCGGUCCCUCUGCUCGGUCCCUCUGCUCGGUCCCUGUGCUACAUACAGGGAGAGAAACACUAAAGAACUAAGAGAUUAUUAUGUAUUGUGCAAAAAAAACUAA